AUGGGAGCAGAUGAUGAGAGACCCCUGGAUAAUGUCAUGGCAGAGUAUAUGACACUGAAUUACCCAGAAGCUUGCACUAAGGCGUAUUCCCUACCUGAGGGAUACAUUUUGAAAGUGAACAAAUUCAAGGAGCUGAAGGAAAAGAUGGAAGAGCGUGAAGAAGAGGUGAACAUGCCAUCUCAACAGCAAUCCAUUGCUAUGGUGUUCGAUUGCCUCAAACGCGCAUUCGAGGAUGUGCCUUCCCUGACAAUCGCUGAUUACGCCUUCACAGACACCUUGCUCACGGUAAUCAAUGAACAACAAAAAGAAGACUUCCUCGAAAUAUCUGGAGUCACAGAGGAACACCUGGAAUCUGCAUCAACUGUGGAACUCCCACGCAACCACACUCAGUUGUACGCCAUGAGUGAAAAACACAUGGAGCCGAUGCUGGUGAUUCUCACUCGUCAGCAGAGGGAACUAGUGAAGAACCGAAGAUCGAAAAUCCUUUUCAUAACUGGCACGAGCGGAACGGGCAAAACGUUCGUCCUUAAAAAAAGAGCCCUCGACUUAAUGGAUGAAGGACCAGUUUUGGUCUUGAAUCUUCCAGGAGGAGAUCUCACUAAGGAUUUUCGACGUGACUUCAGAGAUGCUAAGAAGAAAAUCGAGGUUAUUGAUGGGAGAGAGGGGCGAGAGAAGGGCCUGGAAGAGGAUUUUCAAGGUUUCAAGGAAUUCCUGAUCGAGAAAGGAAGCGGAAAGCACGUCCUCAUCGAUGAAGUCCCCCUCACUCUAGGAUUCCCGGAUAUCAUCACCACCGAAGCCCUUUCCGACCAUUGGAAUUGGAUGGAAACCUUAGACGUGAAGUCCAUCACCAUCUGCUUUCGACCCAAUGACCAAUCUUACACGAGAGAUUUUCCCCUCGAAGAAGUCAAACCAGCAGGACAUAGCAUCACAGUUCUCGAGAGUGUGAAGAGGAAUACCAGACAGAUUUCUGAAUUGUUCAUGGCCAUCGGAAAUUACUCCCGCCGCGUCUUCGUAUCCUAUUCGCCGUCCUUGAAGAUAGACUCCGAGGAGAUAGACCCCGAGGAGAUGGGCGGAGAAUGCCUUCCUCGCUUCAUCUCGAUGACCUCGUGUCAGGCUCUUCAUCGCAAAUGUAAAGAUGAAAGGAUAUGCGAGUGUGUACGGGCCUCUCAUGUCAUAUAUGAGGAAUGCAGGAAGGCAUCCGAGAAAAGGCCUGUCUUCGUCGUUGUUGAUGAGAAAAGGAGAAGAAAUGCAUUCUUGAACAUAUUUAUGUCUUUAUACCCUGAAUUCCCUGUUCUUUUUCUAUGGGGUGGCGAUUUUCAUGGGAAGCCUGCCCCAGAGUGCUCGUUCCCACUCGUCGUCGUCACCGAGGAACAAAUGAGAGGAUGUCACCCUUUGAACGUGACGGUGGUCCUCGACUUCCUCCGGUCGCAUUGGCGAAACUACAAUCGAUUGAUAGCCUCCACAGGAGAAAACAAGAUCCUAGUGAUCGAGGAAGAAGCGUGGAGUACGGGCAAGUUUUCUCGCGUCCCGCAGAAAAUAAAAGAAACACUUGGGUGGAAGAUCGAGAAGGGAAACACGGAUGAAAAAAGUCUCAAUGCGAAAUUUGAAAAAGUAUUGAAAGAACACGGAGGGAAGAACUUGGGAGUGCUGGAUGAGCCUGAAUUCCCUCGGCAAUCCAUUCCUGGAAUGGAAAUGGAUCGGGAUGAGAGAGGAGAGGAGGAUGCAGACGUGGGAAAGAUGCUCGCAUCUUCGCUCAGCGGGAUAUUCGGCUACCCAGCCUCGGGAAAAUCCAGGAAAGUAAACUUGUUGAUUGGACGAGUGACAGGCCGAGUCCUCAUUCUCCACUGCGGCGGGGAGUUGUCUCGCCGAGUCUACAGACAGCGAUGGAAAGGAAGAGAAAAUGUUGAGUUGGACGAGUUCCAUGCAACUUAUAUAGAUUUUCUGGAGAAUUUAUUCAAGAAAGUGGAAGAGAGGGAGAAGAAGAAGGAUGAGGACAAAAAAAAGAAAGACAUGGAGAAAGGGAAGAAGAGAAAAAAGAAGGUGAAGGGGAGUAAGAAAACUGGAAAAGAGAAGGCAGAGGGAAAGAGGGAAGAGACGGGAGAGAAGACGGAGCCGGAUCCGCUGGUCGUGGUCGUCGAAGACUGUCCUUUCUUCGACCCGUUUCCAGAAAAAUGGAUUGCGUUGACAGUUGAAAGGUUGAAAGAGAUGAAGAUGAAGCUCAUCCUCGCCUUCGAACCCCAUUCCAAUUACACCUCUGAGAUCUCAGUAGACAGAGUCGUCAAAAUGCUGAACGAGAGGCAAGACGGCACUGCGAUAGUGCUUCGGUCAGAACGGAGCAACCUGGCUCUCGUGAGGCACAUCCGAGAAAACGAGACUCCAACUGCUCUCGAUUUGGAAUCGAAGAACCUGUCCGUCUCUGCUCUUCCAGCUUCCAUCGUCCCCGGCCCACCCGUCCGAUACGUCGACAUCAAAGGCGAAAAAUGCCCGGGACGACAUCUGGGAUAUAUCUGCAGCAGGAGGAGCACAUGUGGAAUCACUGCGAAUGCUUUAUCUUCCCUCUUGGGAUCGAAGCUCUUCGAAUCGACGAACGAAGCUCCUCACAUCCUGGUAUCGGAAGAAGGACUUUUGACGCCACUGCGAGAGAAAGUGGAGAAAACUCGGCCUCGUGUCCGAGUGAAACACCUCAAGGACUUCCGCGGGUGUGAGGCUUCCACCGUCAUCUCUUUCAACGUGAAUGACGACUGGCUGCUGGAAGUGAUCUCUCGCUCCAGGACUCGACUCGUCGUCAUCGACGACCUCAGACGACAUCAAAACUUAUGGAAACAGAUGAUGAAAGAAGGGCGUGUCGUCCCCAUCUCCUGUCCCACGGACCCCGAAGACGACCUCGGGAUCCUCCUGGGAUUAGAUGACCAACAAAUGUUCUUGAAUCGUCCGACCUGGGAUGAAGUAGGCAUUCGAGUGGGGGAGAAGGCAGUGCAAAGAGGAGACAUCCUGGACGAGAACACCGGCGCCAUUCGCUCCCUCCCUCCCGAGACAUUAGCAGCCAUCGAUGAGAAGCUUUCUCAGUCUUCUCCUUUCAGCGAUUGGGGAUACGUGUGGUCUGGGGAGUACUCGCUAGCAAUAACCAAUGAAAAGGCAACCUCGAGGCAAGAUGGAGCCCCACGCCUCCCAAGACAGGAGCUGAAAAGGUUAACGCGAAGCGUCUGGUAUGAAUUCGGGAUGCGUCUAUAUCGGUUGCCGUUCGACGCCAGUGUCGCUGCUGCCCUCAUUGGAGAUUGGGUAUUGAAUACAUUAUCAGGAAGAGUGGAGAGUUGGACGAUGCUCUGGGUCUUCACCCUUAGAAAAAAGUGA